AUGGAUAUCGCCAGUCCUCGUACCCCAAACUCAAAGUCUACUUAUUUCAAAGGGCAGUUUGAUUCACCCCAGUUAAUCGGUGAUUUUCUUGAUGCCCUAUGUCCUCUGGCUCAGUCAACAGCGAUUAAACCGACUCAGUCUGGCGUCAAUGCCACUUAUACGGUUGUCCGUAAUUCCGGCGCUGUUCCAUCUCCCACAAUUUUCGAAUCGGCAUCAACUAGAAAUGCUUCUUUAAAUGUGCUUGACCUCGACUCAUUGCCUACCAACCUUUUAUCAAUGAGCUCAUCCGUUCCCAAAGCAUCUAGUUUUACUCCUCUAUCUCCUAACAAUCCGGAGGAGUAUAAGGAGGAGGGAGAGCCGGUUGAUAUUUGUUUAAACGCUGAUGAGUUGCGUCAUUUAGAGGAAGCUUUUAGUGACUUGUCGACUGGUGUAAGAAACACUGGUGCAAUUGCAACCACUACAGCUGACCGUGGAGGUAAUGGAUUAACGCCACAAUGCCGAGACGACGCAACUAACGUUUCCUCGAUGUCCUCAUUUUCUUCAGAUGAAUGUAAUGGUGAAACUAAGGUUCAAAACACCGAGGGCAAAGAAAUUGAGGGUCAAGCAGCGUGCGUUGAUGAGAAUCAGCCGCUAUUUGGUGAAAUAUCCGAAACACCUACAACCCCGCAAACUAUCGCUGCACCAGAGACCUAUUUUUAUGGUCGACCUCUCUCAACUAUCAUUGAGUGUCGAAGUCGUGAGUCAUUCACGUGUACAUCGGGUUACCAGGGGAAGUCUGAAAUCUUCGAUGGUGGCGAUUUUGGAGGAGUCGACGACACACCUAUCAAGUCUUCCUCGUUAGUUUGUGUUUCGAGGCUGCCUGUUAAUUCCAUCCAUCAUUCAAUGUCAGAGUCUGCGAAAUCAGCAGGCAUUUGUCAGUCACCCAUCGGCAGUCGAAAUCAGGACUUUCCGCUCUCUUCUCGUAAACCCCUAUCUAUUAUGCAAUUUAACGCCCCAUCAUCAGCCCAGAGGGAGACCGAACCCCAAAUUUCUUCUCUUUUCAAUAAUGAGAAUGAAGAGGCUUGCGUUUCUCUUCCUGCCCAACUACUGUCACCGCCUUCAAGUUCCGUCAAUUCAAGUCAAAAAACGGCUAUUGCUGACGCAGAAGUUUCCUGCAAAUAUGAGGACGAAAGCACUCGCGAUCAAGUCGGAUUUCUCUCGGAGUCUGCGACAAGGAGUGAUAAACAAAUCACCUCUGAGCCAUCUCAUGUGUACGGCGAGUCCUACCCUUCAUCGCGGGUCCAAUCCCCGUCCACUGAAAUCACUCCUAUGAAUCACCAGGCCACUAAGAGUAAAGAAACGGAUCCGCUACCAGAGCCACAAGUUCCCCCUAUUCCCGCUCCGAGGACUUUCAAAUGUCUGAGCAAUUCAGCUCUUGUGCCUCCACUCGACUUUUCUUCUCUUGCGCUUGCAAAUUCCUCUUCUUCUGGCCAACCAGCUGGUGGAUCAGCGGAACAACAUCACUAUUUUACUCCUACAACGAGAAAUAAUCAAGUAACUGAAACUUCGACCGAUGUGUCUGCUGUCACGGCACCAAAGAUGUUAGAAGGACUUGAAGAUUUAAGUCAGGUUGAAGCGAAGAUAUGUUGUGAAGUGGACUUGGGGACUUUGACGACUCCCAAUGCUUCUGCAAACUUGCCUGAUAAAUCUCGAGAGACAUACGAUGGUGCUUUGGGAAAACGCACUAUUGAGGAAUUGUCUUACAACCUCGAAGGUGAGAGGAGUCUUGCGUCUGCCUCGCACAAAGCCCAUGAACCAACCGAAACCUCAAAUACGAAAACUAGAUGCCCUCUCUUAGCUUCUUCCCGGUGUCUGUUUUGGCGUGCCGGAACUUACGGUCACGAAAGUAAACAGCAAUUCAUUCUGCGUCAGGAUUCAGACAAUUUUAUGAAAGUGAGACUACGAAUCACUUCAGGAGCGGACUGCUUUACUCUGCUAGACCAUCGGGGCCGUCCUGCGCCAAACGGCUCUCGCCUGAUUGAGCUUCCCCCUCGUUUAGCCUGCUCCGUGACCGUCGUCUACAAGCCCAACCCACCGUUCUUCUGGCAUGCCGGAGCCCUUUCCCUCCGCUUAGUACCCCCGGAAAGUGCCGUGAAGUCGAAUAAAUCUCACUAUUAUUGGCAACGCCUGAUUGGUUACGUAGCUGGAAGCAUCGUCCAAUGCGACAUUUGUCGACGUGUGGACGAAACGACAUUCUGGACAUCCGCCUUCUCUUCUCCCAACACUGUUGAUAGGCCACUUUAUUUGAAAAACGUAGAAACGAACGAUGCGUCCUACUAUGCUCACGUCUCAAUUAACAACAUUGGUCUUCGUAUGGCUUGGGUUUUUGCCGUUGCUAUGAGACCAAAUUCGGACCGAAGGAGUUCAUUAACUCCUCUUCCUGGUGUUAGCGUUAAACCAAGUCGAUUCGUUCUGCGGCCCAGUCAAUCGCAGGAUGUCAUCAUUUCAAUAUCUGGAGAGCCUAGUGAGGUGCAAGUGCUCUUCUAUAAUGGAGACGAAAUUUUGCGGCAUCAAUGCAGGAAACAGUUCGCAUCUGCGGGUCAACCGGUGGAAGCACCCUCGGAAACAUUGCCACGACCCCACCGUCGUCUUCGUUCUGCUUAUGUCUUGAGACCUUUUGACGGAGAAAUUGACGAUAUGACGGAUGAAUUGCCACCAAGUAUCCCAGCGAACCUGUACAACUGGCAGGCAGCCCUGCAUGAAGAGCAAAGCACAAGGACACCGCUGAGUCUCACCGUCUACCCACUUCUUGCUGAGGCCGCGAAAUCCAGUUUUGAGGCAUCGAGUAGCCUCGGUAUUUGUGAACAGAUGGAGAACGCGAAACGUGGAUCAGACGGGAACUGUGGUCUUACCUCUUCCUACGAGAGUGAUGCCCUUAGUGGAAACGGCGCCCUCUCAACGUCUUUUCGCGAUAACAGUAAUCUUGCGCCCAUUGACAAUUGGACUCCCAAUGCCGACAGGUGUAUGGCUAUAUCACCCCCCAGUAGCCCUCCGCGAAUCCACCUUCAGCCCGACUCGCAGCUUAUCUUCGCUCCGUCUGCUACGCUCCAAGUAAGACUAUUACCACCGGACAAUUCAAAUGUUGAGGGAAAAACCACAGCAGAAGUUCCUUCAGCCCGAAAACGACUCGCUUCUCUCUGGCGACUUUAUUGGCGCGCUAGUCCACUCAAUGGAACCGAUGACUCUCCUUUCGCGCACCUAAUUAGUCCCUGUGCUCUGCUUACCGCGGUGGGAAGAACACAUCACCUUCCCUUCAAGUUCCGACCUCCCCGAGAUGUGAAGGCUCAAACCCACUUCUCCCAGGAGUGGGUGCUCUCAUUCCGCCUCACCAGGGAAGUCAACGGACCUGUGGCAAGCCUUCCCAAGGAUCCUUCAACUUACGGACAGACACAGGAAUUUCAAAUUACUUUUAUGGGCGAUGCAAUCGAUACUUCAGAUUUUCAUCAACCCAUCAUUACCAAACUCCUCAAGACCAGAGGACAUCCGGCCAUAUUUACUGUUGACCAGAAACAGCGCGAGGUUGAUUUAAUUAACAUUUCCUGCGAUGAACGUCUGACAGUUCGACUGGGCCAAAUCAGUUGCUCCUAUUUUGAAAUUCUCAAACCACGUAAUCGGAAAUUCUUUAUCAAGUCUAGCGUGAAACUGCUCAUUCAAUGUCAACUUGAAGAAGAGCGCAGAGAAAACAAGGAAAUGUCAGGUUUCCUGCCGUUGUGGUGGUCCACCGGCGAAGGAGCUGAGAGGCACCAAGUGGACAUUUCUCUAAGAGCAAUUUUGUAG